AUGUUACGGUUCAGGCUGAGCAUUCCGGAGGAGCUACCUGAAGGGCACGUUAUCUACACUCUGCCUGCGGUUAAUCCCCUGGAUGGAUCACUGGUUCCGUCAAGAAUGGAGGGCGAUAUGAAGGACGCUUUCAGUCUUGACCCGUCAACAGGAGCGAUUUCGAUCGCCCAUCGCCUGGACGUGGAUAAUAUGGUGCCCUCCGAUCGUGUUAUGUCGCUCAAAUUCACAACGGGCUCGAAUGGAUAUGAAUCCGUGAGCGGAGCUGAAAAUCACGUGUGA